AAGCGACAAUAAAUCCAUUGCUAACGUCUUUUGACCGUACAUAAAAUUAAGAGGUUCUGUAGGAGGUUGGUGGGACUUGGGAUACUAUAGAGAUUGAGUUAAACUUAUUUCAAUCAGGCGAUUCUAGUUUUUAAGAUGACAAAUAGUCAGUGUUGUAAACAUAGCUAAAUUUAACUUUAUCUCUGAAUUGAAAAUGUGUUACAUUUUCAAGUAGCACUGUCUUUUCCUCUGAAAGAAGGGCAGGAAGUUCAAUGACUGAAAUACAAUGUAAUGCAGGCUGGGUCGCAUUUAAGGCCAUUUAUCUCGUAACUUGUUGUUUCUUAUGUGCUUUGGUAAUUUCUUUGGGAUUCCAACUUGGAAAAUCUCAUUAUAGCAAAAUGAGUUUUGUUUUUUUAUUAGACAGAUAAAGUAAUUGACUUCAAAGUUAGAUCAAUUAUGAACCGAUAUGUUCAUAUGGCUACAAGUUCUUUGAAACCUCACGGCACUGACAUUGAGUGAAAGAUUCACCUAGAACAGUUACCACUGCCGUAGUGAGAAUUGGAUUGACAGAACUGGUCUCGGAGGCUUCCAUCCAUAAACAGUUUCUUGGCAUUUCAAUAAGUAAUUGAAACAUCUUUGAUGGGUUGCCUUGUUCUUUGCAGCUACAUGCAUGACGUGAUCUACAUUACGAGCUUUGUGCAAAUAAUGUCAAUCCUCUCUGGGAAGUUUUGGUACACCUACCUUGUGAUUCCAGCAUUUGGGGUAUACAAAUCUUCUGGUUUAAUUAAGAGUUUAUUGUCGCACGGUUCAGAGGAUGAACCUGAGGAUGAGAAGACUCGCAAGAAGAGGGAAAAGAUGGAGAAGAAAGCUUCAAGAGUGAAGUUUAUGAAAACCAAGAAUAGAUAAUCUUCUCUUCAAAAUUAAACGGAAUCAACUUAAGUAAUGAGAUGCAAAUUUGAGCAGAUGGACAGCAGACACAGUCAAGUUAUAGGUACCAUUUGAAGUUAGUUUGUGUAUUUUUCUGACUAAUUAUAACAGGAGAAUAAGGGGCAGAAGUAUAUCACUGUAACCUCCAUUCUGUCAACUGAGCUUUUAGAAGUCCCUGUUUCCUCUUUCAAAAUGACAUCACAGGUACACAACUUUUGCUGCUUUGGUUUCCUUUAGAACAGACAGAUCUAGGAGAGGGAUAUCAAAGCAAUAGUUUUAAUCUCUUUUAAAUUUGUUUCUACACAUUUUUGCUUCCCAAUUCCAAGUUUUGGUUCCUUGA